UUGUUACUCUACCAAGUUUAGUUUUGUCAAUCGGUACUGUUUUCAGUUUUCAAUUAACUCAUUGGUGUUAAGUGAGAGCUGGAACUUGGUAUGUUUCAGAUGGAAGGUGAUGAGAUUGUAGAAGAGCUGCAGGAUGAGGAGAAGCGUCAGGAUUCACCUGUUGACAGUCAGGAGCUUCCGGACGAUUGUUUCCCCGUUCUAGCUGAAGAUGACGAGGAUGUAGAGAGAGUGUCCCAGUCCGUCCCCUCUGACAUGAUGUCCCCUCAGGGCUCCACUAUUAUCCGGGACGUCAUCGUGAUCGACACGGACAGCGAGAGCCGUGAGAGUAGAGAGGGGGAGGAGAAGCAGGAUGACGAGGAGGAGGAAGAUGAGGAGGAGGAGGAGGAGGAAGAAGAAGAUGACGGGGUGCUGAUCUGUUCAUUAUCUGAAAUAGUGUUGCAGUGAUGUUUUUUUGUAGGCCAACCCGGAUGUCAGCAUCACAAUGACUCCCUCAACAAAAAGCAAUCGGAUUUUUCCAUUGGAUUUUUUAAAUAUUGUAGUAAAAGUUCAAUCUGGCAAAAA